AUGGUCAUGAUGAUUGGAAACCUCGCCGCAAUUGCGGCUCAUAAUCGAAUUGAAAACAUCGAAAACAACAACAAUUUUUCUCCCGUCAGUUCAGCUGUAGUAUUGAUUAAUCAUCAUGCAACAGUCGAUGCAAGCAAGAAAUCGAAACAAGAAAACAAAGAAGAAUCACGGGUUUCCGACAACGAUGACGACGACAAUGAUGAUAAAAAAGCAAAACUAAUCGGACGUGAACGUGCUUCAGGUUUUCUAUCGUAUAACGAAUGUAUGAGGAGGAUGAACUGCGCCAAAUCACGACGAGAGGAAUGCAGCGAAGAGUGUGCAACAGGUAAUACCGAAAAUGAAAUGGAAGAAUACUCUGAAAUAUUCGAAAAUCUUGAAGAUUACAAAGAAGAUUCGAAAAAAAAUAGGCCAAGAAAGCAAGAUGAUGACGAUGACGACAGCGACGAUGAUACUAAUACUAAUGACGAAGAAGAGGCUGAUGAAGAAGAAGCUGAUGAAGAAGAAGCUGAUGAAGAAGAAAAGGAUGAAGAAGAAGGUACCAACAAUGAGGAAGACAACGAUGAAGAGGAAAACGAAGAAGAAGAAGCUGAUGAAGAAGAAAAGGAUGAAGAAGAAGGUACCAACAACGAAGAAGACAAUGAUGAGGAGGAAAACGAAGAAGAAGAAGCUGAUGAAGAAGAAAAGGAUGAAGAAGAAGGUACCAACAACGAAGAAGACAAUGAUGAAGAGGAAAACGAAGAAGAAGAAGCUGAUGAAGAAGAAAACGAUGAGGAAGAAGCUGAUGAAGAAGAAGGUACCAACAAUGAGGAAGAUAAUGAUGAGGAGGAAAACGAAGAAGAAGAACAAGACGAAGAGGAAGGUACCAGCAAUGAAGAAGAUAACGAUGAAGAAGAAAAUGAAGAAGAGGAAAACGAUGAGGAAGAAGCUGAUGAAGAAGAAGGUACCAACAAUGAGGAAGACAACGAUGAGGAGGAAAACGAAGAAGAAGAAGCUGAUGAAGAGGAAAACGAUGAGGAAGAAGCUGAUGAAGAAGAAGGUACCAACAAUGAGGAAGAUAAUGAUGAAGAGGAAAACGAAGAAGAAGAACAAGACGAAGAGGAAGGUACCAGCAACGAAGAAGAUAACGAUGAAGAAGAAAAUGAAGAAGAAGAAGCUGAUGAAGAAGAACAAGAUGAAGAAGAACAAGAUGAAGAAGAAGGUACCAACAAUGAGGAAGACAAUGAUGAAGAGGAAAACGAUGAGGAAGAAAAGGACGAAGAAGAAGGUACCAACAAUGAGGAAGACAAUGAUGAAGAGGAAAACGAAGAAGAAGAAGCUGAUGAAGAGGAAAACGAUGAGGAAGAAAAGGACGAAGAAGAAGGUACCAACAAUGAGGAAGACAACGAUGAGGAGGAAAACGAAGAAGAAGAAGCUGAUGAAGAGGAAAACGAUGAGGAAGAAGCUGAUGAAGAAGAAGGUACCAACAAUGAGGAAGAUAAUGAUGAAGAGGAAAACGAAGAAGAAGAACAAGACGAAGAGGAAGGUACCAGCAACGAAGAAGAUAACGAUGAAGAAGAAAAUGAUGAAGAAGAAGCUGAUGAAGAAGAACAAGAUGAAGAAGAAGGUACCAACAAUGAGGAAGACAAUGAUGAAGAGGAAAACGAUGAGGAAGAAAAGGACGAAGAAGAAGGUACCAACAAUGAGGAAGAUAAUGAUGAGGAGGAAAAUGAGGAAGAAGAAGCUGAUGAAGAAGAACAAGAUGAAGAGGAAAACGAUGAGGAAGAAAAGAAAGAAGAAGAAGAAGAUGACAAUGAUGAUGAUGAUGAUGAUGAUGACAAUAACGAAAACAACAAAGAGGAAGAAAACGAAGAAGAAGAAAAUGAUGAAGAAGAAAAGAAUGAAGAAGAAGAAGAAGAUGACGACGAUGAUGACAAUAACGAAAAUAAGAGCAAAGAAGAAAACCAAGAGGAAGAAAAUGAUGAGGAGGAGAAAAACGAAGAAGAGGAAAACGAUGAUGAUAAUGACUCCAAGAAUAAAAAGUCCAAACGUCGUAAUUAA